GCAAUUGCCAUAUAACCAUGAAUGUAUCUCCCCAUUCAAACCGUACUUAGCAAAGGAAAGGCUGCAAUCCGUGAGAUUAUCAGAUUGAAUUCAUAUUUUUUGCUGACAAUCUGCCAUAAAAAGGGAUAUUCAAAAGCUUCUCGAGAAAAGUUCUGACCAUGUGAAAAUUCAACUUGUUUGUAUCUGGCAAAGUGUCAUUAGGAGCUUGAUGAAAGUCUGGAAUUUAUAUUUUCUUCUGGGACAUUUUAUUAAUACUACAUGCACAUGAUACCAAAUUAAAGGGGUUAUUUUUUAAUAAUCUUUUGGAUUUUCCGAACUGAAACAUUCAUGGAAGUUACAAGCCAAGAUCUUUUUGGUAAAACCACUCACUAAGCGUGAAUUUUGAGGGAGCGAAUUAUGAUCGAGGCAUGAAUUCCUGUUCCUGAGUAAGCUCUUCUACGCCAUUCCUUGGAUAGUGCUGUGGAUGACGAAAAUUUGAUGUCUGGCCUGGUAUAGAACCCGCCAUACUUUUUUUUUAUUGAGAAGGUUGGAGGCAUCGUCCAUUUUUUGAGCUGGAUUGGGCGGAGGGAGUCCACCUUGGUCUUAUAGCUGCAUGGCCAGAUGAAGAGAUGGCUGCCGCUCAUAGUGAAGCAAACAGCGGCUCGGAUUCUCCCGAAGAGAAUCGCAUGGACGUGGGUCGUCCCGCCACGCCUAGCCCCAUCAGCGUGAGGGAAGAGGGUACGCUACGUAGGUCCAACAGCGCACCCAUGUUCAAUGGACCAAAUAUGACCGAUGAUUCCCCAGUUUUUCAACCAAUCAGAGAAAAGCCUCGGGUGCGGAGAAUGAGCGCUCAAACAAGCAAUGGAGCGAAGCCAAUGUCUGUUCCUGUGAGGAUACCAUCAAGGGUUACUCAGAUCAAACAAGAAGAAAGCUUAGAUAUCAGAAGCAAGGAAGCAGAGCAUGAGAGGGAGGUCCGGUCAGCAUUUAGGAUGAGCCAGUCUUGGGAUGAUCUCCACUUGGAUGAAAGUAUCAAAGCAUUACGAUCAGAACCUCGGUCCGAGUUAAGAUCCUGUAUAUCAGAACCACUGAGUAUUGUCACACCCACGUUACCGUUUGUAGCCUCAUCCCCUUCACCGACAAGACCGGGCAAGCAAUGUUUUUCACCUCAGAUAUCAAUGCGAAGUCCUUGUAUGUCACCAAGCCCUAACCCUAGUCCUACCAGGUCGACUUUCACAAAACGUAGUAUGAGCCCUGUCCUCAGACCAAGCUCUCUGGCAUCGUCACUGAAACGCAAAUAUGACAGUGAUGGUGAAUGCACACCUUCAAAGAGGCAGCUCCUAGGCUCUCCAAUCCACCCUAGCUCACUCAGUAUGUCAAGUAUGAGUUCAGAUGAGACGAGCCCACCACAGCGCAUCUUGGCCACACAUGCUUCAACGUUUCUCCCAAAUGCAUUUGCUCCUGCGACGACCUAUGCUCCACCCACGACAACGACCUUUGACACGGUCUCAAACUCGUCAUCAUCCUGCUUUACCUUCUCUACCAACUCUCACGUAUGAAAUGAAAAGGAAAUAUACAUUAACCCAAAUCAGUUUGUUUCACUUUCUGUUUGAAUUUCAAACCAUUGAUCGCUUCCACGCUAUGUAAAAGCCUGUCACAUCGUUCCGUGCGAGCCUUGCAUGUGACUAUUUUUGCUACCUCAGAGCUGCCAACCAGAACGUUUUUGGCAUAUUGAGUACGUUUUUGCAACCAAAAAACAACAGUACCUUUUUUCUUUAAAAACUAUGAUUUUGUAUAAAAAA